AUGGAAGAGGUAAUAAUAAUAGGUAGUGGGCCUGCGGCAUAUAGUGCAGCACUUUACGUUAUGGAUGGAAAACCUGUUUUGUAUGAAGGCAGGCUUGUUGGCAAUAAUGGGCCUGGGGGACAGCUGACCACCACGACAGCUGUGGACAACUAUCCUGGGUUUCCCGAGGGAACUACAGGGCCUAGGAUGAUGGAGCUGAUGAAAGAGCAAGCACUGUCCAGAGGGCUACGGAUUGUUGAGGAGACUGUCUGCGAGGUUAGGAGGAGCGGAAAAGAGUUUGUUGUGGUGGGUGAGUUUGGAGAGGAGCGGAGGGCAAGGUGUGUGAUAGUGGCGACUGGGGCGUCUGCACGAAGGCUUUUUGUUACGGGGACGGGGGAUGAGGAGUUUUGGCAGCGAGGGGUGAGCUCGUGUGCAGUGUGCGAUGGGUUUGCGUAUGUGAACAAGACGGUGUGUGUUAUUGGAGGAGGAGACGCCGCAAUGGAAGAGGCGCUGUACCUGGCGAGUAUUGCUCGGAGGGUGUAUAUUAUACACAGAAGAAGCGAGUUCCGUGCAAGGAGCGACAUGGUUGAGAAGGCAAGGAAUGCAAGGAAUGUGGAGUUUCUUGUGCCCUAUGUGCUUGAGGGAGUGAGUGGAGCGAGUGUGGUUGAGAGGAUCCAGAUCCGGAACACACAGACAGGGGAGGAGAAGAGCAUGGAGAUGGAGGGAGUGUUUUUUGGGAUUGGGCAUGAUCCGAACACUGCAUUUCUGAAUGGAAGCGGCGUUGAGCUUGAUGAGAACGGAUAUAUUGCAACAAGGGAGGGAGUUUUUACGAGUGUUGAGGGGAUCUUUGCAGCGGGGGAUGUUUGUGACAAGAAGUACCGGCAGGCGGUGACUGCGGCGUGCUCUGGAGCGGAGAGUGGAAUAAGAGCGAAGGAGUACUUGGAUAUGGAAUAA